AUGUUCACGCGGUGCAAAUCUAAUAGUUUUAUCAAACUCAACAUCCAAUAUGUUGUUCUUUAUAAGUAUCUUCUAUCUAAAGAUUUAUACUAUUGCGAUGAUAGAUUCAAAAAGUGUCCUGCUCUAUCGUACAGCGGUUUUCAAGCGUUUGACUCUCGCAGAGAUUGGGCUUAA